AUGGGCAUGCGGAGCCCACCACCUCUGUAUGAGCUGGCCAAACAGAGCCUGCUGAGGAAUGAGACCAUAGCCAGCACAGAUUUUCACAACCUGCCUAUCCACAUCUUCCAUGACUUAUUUGUGGAUGCCUUCAUGGGGGAUCACAAUGAGUCCCUGAAGGUGAUGGUGCAGGCCUGGCCAUUCCCCUACUUCCCUUUGAAGUCACUGAUGAAUAUGAGAAGCCUGAAGACUUCCCACUUUGUGUGUGGAAACAUGCCACAACACAGUAACCUAAGGACCUUGAAAGCCCUGCUGGAUGCACUUGACAUACAGCUGUCCCAGGAGGUUCGCCACAGCAGGUGGAAAUUGCAGGUGCUGGACUGGAGGGAUGGACACGAGGACUUCUGGAUUGGAGGACCCAGAGCCAUGAAUGCUGUCCACUUAGCAGAUGCCAAGAGUAAGGAUGCAAGCAAGCCUGGGUUAAGUGAGAAUCAGCCGACCUUGAGAAUAUUCACACACCUUUGCUUUGAACCCUGGGCUUCCUCUUUUUCCGUAUAUGACCAAUUACAACUCUGCCUCUUGAAGUGGGCUAGAAAGAGAAAAGCUUCAGUACACCUGUACUCUGAGAAGGUGACAAUCAAGUCCAGUGAAGUCUUUAAAAUCCUGAAGCUUCUGCAAACUGUGCAACUGGACUCUAUCCAGGAGCUGAACAUUCUGUGUGACUGGGGUCAGAAAGGCAUGAAAGCAUUUGUGCGUCUGCUCAAGAAGAUGAAAAAUCUUCGCACAAUUCACUUCAGCCGCCUGAGUGCAGAAAGGCUUACUGCAUUCGUGGAGAACAAGCUCUAUUCCUGCCUCCACCCUUUUCACAUAGGAGACCUGCCGAGUCUUCGUGAGCUUCACCUAGAUGAAGUCUUCCUGCAUGGAACCCUGCAUGAGAUCUUAAGGAGCCAGACGCCCUUGGAGGUCCUUUCCUUGCGUUCAAGUCCGCUGAAGGAAUGUGACCUUCAGCAUCUGUCUCAGGGGACAAGCACAAGCCAGCUCAGGUCCCUGACUCUCAGGGGGAUUUCAAUGAAAUCCUUCAAUCCUGAGAUCCUCCAGAUUCUGAUAGAUAAACUGGCCAGCACCCUGGAGACACUGGACCUAGAGCACUGUGACCUGACAGACUUCCAGCUCCUUGUCAUCUUGCCUGCCCUGAGCCACUGCUCCCAGCUCAAGAGUUUCAGUUGCUAUGGGAACCACUUUUCCCUGGGUGUUCUUCAGGUUCUGCUAAACCUAAGUGCUAGACUGAGCCACUUAACCCUGGGUAUGUACCCUGCCCCCCUGGAGAGCUAUGAGUCCAACAUUCCAGCAGAGUUUGUGCACCCUGAGCAAUUUGCCCAGGUCUGUAUUGAAUUGGAAGAGGUUCUGAUGGCCCUGAGACCAUCCCUUAGGGUGAAAAUCUGUGCCUACUCCUGUGAUUUGUGCAUGCUAUGCCAGUUCUACAGACUGGAUCCCAAUGGAUACUGGGAAAUCACAGAGGA